UCCUCUGGUCAAUUAGAUCUCACAUAUUCAUCGUUGAUUUUGAUAUGAUGAUUUUGCUGAGCACAGGUUUCAAAACACUGUAAUCAUUCUCAUUCAAAUGUGUUUGACCCCGGAGGCACCUGUGGGUGCAAUGAUCUGUGCUCGCUCAGUCAUUGGUCAGGCGAAGCUGUAACCCCGCCCACAGCGCUCUUUACGUCGUCGUCCUGGAGAUCGCGUCCUGCUCUAGUCCAAUCAGGAGCAGCGCUGAGAGCACGUGUGUAUUGUUUAAACUGCUCAAAUCCAUCUGCACUUUGAACACAAACUUCCACCGAGCGAGUCAUGGCGGCCGUCGUGUCUGUAAGCACCGCUUCCAAAGAGGAAUCCACAGACACCGGGCUCAGAUAUGCCUCUCGUUCUCACAAGGAACACUACGACCAUACGUUGACCGAGCGCGAAAAGUGGAUGCCCGGCGUAGAUCGUCGCCAUCCAGACCUCGAGGGGAAAGAAGAGGGUCCCAUAGCGGGACGCGAAAGUCAGCGGAGGGUCGACGAGGACCUGACAUCUCUGAGCCCCGAAGAAAUUGAGGCCCGCUUAGAAAGAACUCGUCGGGAGUUUUAUAACCGCAGAAAAAUAAUAAUUAAAAACCUCCCAUCUGACAUUAACAACCAGGAGGUCCAUGAGCUGCUGGCCAACUAUGACCUGAAGUACUGCUUUGUGGACAAGUACAAGGGCACAGCUUUUGUGACACUACUUAAUGGAGAACAAGCCCAAAGCGCCAUCAAAGAGUUCCACCAGCAUGUCCUACGUGAACGGGAGAUCUCUGUUCAGUUGCAGCCUACAGAUGCUUUGUUGUGUAUCGCAAAUCUGCCCCGUACUUUGACCCAGCAGCAGUUUGAAGAGCUGGUGAGGCCCUUCGGUAACCUUGAGCGCUGCUUCCUGGUAUAUAGUGUCUCCACAGGACACUCCAAAGGCUAUGGCUUUGUGGAAUACAUGAAAAAGGAUUCAGCUGCCAGAGCUAAGUCAGAGCUCCUCGGAAAACAGCUGGGCUCCCGCAUGCUGUACGUACACUGGACAGAAGUGGGGUCCCUCACUUAUCCACUUCUGCAUUCAAAAUGUCUGUGUGUGGACCACAUGCCACAGAGUCUGUUGACAGCGCAGGACCUCCGCAGUGCCCUGUCUGACACACAUGUGCCAGUCUUUUGCCAGUUGGCUCAAGGGCAAGAUGGCAGCUUUCAGCGUUUUGCAGUAUUAGAGUUCUCCACGGCUGAGAUGGCAGAGGAAGCACAGCGUUUGUUGGAUGGCAGGCUGCUCUGUGGUACACACAUCCGGGUGUCUUUCUGUGCACCUGGGCCUCCUGGGAGGAGCAUGUUGGCAGCUUUAAUUGCUGCCCAGACAAUGGCUGUGAACCGGGGCAAAGGCCUCCUCCCAGAUCCCACAGCCAUGCAGAUCCUCACAGGCCUCAGUAAUCCUGCAGCACUUAAAAUGCUGCUCAACCCACUUCCACAAGGACAAAAACAAGGGAUCUUGGGUGCUGCGCCGACUAUGCCCCUGCUGACCAACCCUGCCCUCUCAGUCGCACUGCUACAGCUAUUGCUUCAGAACCAGGCCAAGGCCCAGCAGGCUCCGGGGCUCAUCGGUGACAGUCCUCUAGCAUCUCUGCCUGGCCAGCAGGGAGUCCAUCUGCUCAAAGACCUGCCCCAAGAGCAGAGUUUUUAUUUGAUCUUGGGUGCUGUAAUUCCAGGUUUGGGGCUACAUACAGAGCCCCUGGUGCCCCUAAAGCCUUGUAGAGCCUUGUCCAGGGAACAGGAGUCACCCACAGCGGCAUGCUCUUUCCCUCAGACUCCCUGUCCCACUCUGCAGGGGCUGUCCAUGCCUCUGAUGGCGGCUGCGAUGGGGUCUGAUGGCCAUUCGCCACAAGGGACCUCGUUACUUGGUGAACCUCCCAAAGAAAGGAGCCUUUCCCAGGGUCAAUUUAUGAACCCUGUUUUUCCUGCAGGGGUAAAUGGCAGGUCCCACCCCUACAGAAGAAGACCCACAUUAAGUAAUCUGUCCAACCAGUCAGCUCUGCAGAACAUGCAGCCAAAUUUCAGCCUUCGCUACCUGGAGCCAUACACCCCUGAAUUUUCUCCUUUAUUUGGUGAUCCCCUGACAUAUUUGUAUGAACAAGAGAAUCUUGACUCUGGGGCAUUAGGAUUAGGACAGCAGGUUCCUCAACAAUACAAUGAAAGAUUUUCCCACUUUAGUUUGCCACCAAGCCCUCCACAGUCAUACUUCAGUUCAGGGUCUGACCCUGCCAACAGUAGUGGCCUUCCACAUCUGAACAGAGCAGUAGGGAUGCCGCCAAAUAGUCACACUAACUACCCCCCUGGUUUUGGAGCUGUCCCCAAGACUCCUAUUGGCAGCCAUAAGCGUGUGUUUUCUCGGCUCAUUCCGUCUCCUGAGCCCAGCCCUGAGGGAAGCUAUGUGGGCCAGCACUCCCAGGGCCUCGGAGGUCACUACGCCGACUCCUACCUGAAGCGCAAGCGCAUUUUCUGAGCUCCCACCCACCUGUUACAAUGAUGAAUUUUGGACAGUCUAAGGAUUUAUCUAUGACCUGCGGAGGGCGCUGUGGAGUCUGGGCUACAGCUAUCUGAUGCUUGUGGCUUUUAUGGGAACACUUGGUGAUCACAGUUUGUGUUUUGUAAAUAUGAUUUUUAGUGUAUUGGCUAUUUAAGUUUUUACUUUAAAAUUUUUAUUUUCUGUUAGAAAAUAUAUACAGCUGAAACAAUUGUAAACUGGAUUAAGUAUUUUCUUAACCCUUUUAUUUUAUGUUCAGAGCAAUAAUUGGGCCAGUUUACAAAAGCAGCCAAUGGUUGCUCUUUUUCAUCUUCACUAAGUGAUCCUCUCUGUGACUGUAGACAAAGGGACGCGUCUAAAACGAGCUUUAAUAGAAUAGGCUCUAUGUUGUCCUUCAGUGUGUCUUAUGUAAAAAGUUCAGUUUGGUGUCUUUUUGGGUGUCUUUUCCUUUGUCCACUGUUUUUGUUUCCUUCAUAAUUGUUGUUAAAGCCUGAUUUGGUUCAGAACAUAGCUUUCCAUCCACAAAGUGACAGCUAUUUAUUGUGGUUUUUUUUUUCUUACCAAGAAUGCUUUGUAAUUUCCAGACCAAUUUAUUUUUCACUUUGUUUGUCAAAUCACAUCAUCCUAAUGUGUUAGUCAGGCACUGGUGAGCAAUGCACUGGUCACACAUAGUCACCUGUACAAUAUAUUUCUAACUUUAUUUACUGGAGUCAAGUUUUCUGUGUUCUUGAUAUAAUUUUGAAUGUUUGAACUCAAGUUAGGAUUUGAAAGGGGCUGUGUGUUGUCUUUUUAUCUGCCUACAUGUCAAGACUGAGGGAUGAGUAUAUGGCAGCUAAAUUGAUGGACACUCUUCCUGUAAUUGUCUGUCUGGAAGUAAAUGGAAGCUACAGGCUCCUAAUUGGCCAGUGGCAUUAUGGUCUUUUCCCCUUUAAUUAUCUGACAGUUUGAUUGUGAAAACCCAUUACCUCUGCUAUAAAACACAGCUCUUAACAGUAUUUUGUGAACAGUUUCUAUAUAUAUAGUAUUUACUUAUUUGCCGUGUAAUCAAGUUUGACUAUAUCGCUGGAGUCUUGAGCUUUUUUCAUUGUUUUCUUGAAUCAUACCUGCCACUGGUCUGGUGUUUUGGGAUGAAUUUUGCUGCUCAUUUGUGCGUGUGUUUUUGAAACUCUUUCUGACCGAUGUGGGACGUGCCACAAUAGACUGCUCAUGUGUAUGGACCAAGAGAUGUGUAGCCUCUCUCUGUACCACCAGGGUUGUCUGUGUGACAGUGUGUGCUAGUAAAUGUUAUUUAAACCAC